AUGGACGACCGCCUUGAUGAUGGCGAGAAUGUAGUGCCAAGUGACAUUUCCAUCUUGGCCGAUCUACUUCAAAUCUUGGGGCCGUACCAGAGCCAGGGCCUACCUCUGACGGAGCUCCAUGAGAAGUUGCCUGCCCACUUGGCCCACCUGGCUGGUAGCAUCGAUGUGACGCGCAACUGGCUCCAGCGCUAUCCGCAGAUCAUCCAGCUGGCUGGGCCGCGGGGCGAAGAGCAGGUGGUCUUGGCCCUGGCGAAGGCUGCUACCCCCAGCCCCAACCACGACAAGGUCGAGAAGCCCGCGCCGCCGGCGCCCGCCGGAGCAGCGAGGCAGCCGCCAGUGCCGCCCAACGUGCCCAGCUGGCCGGCAAUGCCCGGAAUCCACGGAUGGCCUGCUCCAGUGGGCCCCGUGAUGGAUGGCUAUGGCUACGGAAUGGGUAUGGCCCCAGCUGGCGGUAUGAGCAAUGCCCUUCGAGUGGAAAAGGACGGCAAUGCCUUUGUGGGGGAUGAGGACAAUUCAAACCCCUGCUCUGUGCAGUUGAGGGGGCUCCCAUUCAGAGCCAGCAUUGAGGAUGUCAAAGCCUUCCUGGGAGACCAUGCGAAAUACUUGAAUCCUGAGAAGAAACCGAACAUUUGCCUUCUCUCAAAUCGCGAUGGGAGGCCUUCAGGCUUUGCUCGCAUCUUCUUUGUGAGUCCACAGGCUGCACACAAAUGCAAAGAGGCCUUGCACAGGAAGCAGAUGGGAGACCGCUAUGUUGAGGUCUUGGGCACCGAUCGUGGCCGGGGCCGUGCCCGCAAAGGGACCGAGGAGGAUUUGUCAGUGCCACAGGCACCCUUUGAUGCUGCAACUGAGCAAGUGGAGAAGGAAAGGGUCUUGAGCGAAUGUCGAGAACAUUUGAGCGCACCAGGCAGAAAUCAAACUUUGCUCAGUAUGCUUGGGAUAGCCCUGACAGAACCAGCACGCAACUACCUUCGUCGUGCCAAUCUGGGGCUCAAGCAUUUCUUGGCUCGCUUCCCAAACGAAUUUAGGGUGGAAGGACCAAAGGGAUGUGAGAAGGUCAUUUGGCAAAAUCCUGAUGGUUUGAUCUACGGCCUUCCAGAUGGCCGGAUCAUGCCUGAAGAAGAGCCGUCCACUCCUGAUACCAGGCUCAUGUCACCCACCAGGCCUCCGCCUUCUGGAAAUCACUUCAUUGCAACGCCGAGUGAUUGGGGCACUCCGCAGGUGAAUUCCGGAGCCAUGGGGAUGGACUUUCCGUUCCCGGGUCAUUGGCCCAGCUUUCCACCCUGGUCCUCCUCGCAAUGGAUGCCCUGGAUGGAGAAUGCAACCACUCCAGUGAGCGCAAAGCAGAAGAAGAUCAACAAACCUCCGCCAGCUGACGGUGUUCCCAUGUCCAGGAGUCAUGCCCAUUUGCAUCCCCAGAGCCAUCCCUUCGCAGAAGAAAGCGAGGCAAAGAGGGAUGGAGACAGUGAAUGCCUCAUCGACAAGAGCAGUGUGGCUGCACUUCGUUUGAGAGGAUUGCCUUUCAGCGUCACUGUGCAGGAUGUUCUGACCUUCUUUGCCCAGCACAAUGUGGCCGACACCAUCCAUGACGGGCCCAAUUCUGCCAAGUUGCUUCCCAAAGCCAAUGGCAGGCCCUCGGGGCAGGCUGUGGUCCAGAUGCGAAGCCGAAGGGAUGCUGAAGUGGCACAGAAGGCAUUGAACCAUAAAUAUGUCGGAGGUCGAUACAUCGAGGUUUUCGUCUACGGCAAUGAGGAUGACAAGGAUGAUCUCCCAGCACCGGAGGCGGGUUCCAGCGAGGGCUGGUCCGAGUGGUCCACCAGCUUUGCCAAUGCAGGUCUAGCAUGGCAAUGGGGGAACCCGCAAUAUCAACAGAAUGAAGAGGCCAAGGAUGGGGGGCCCUCCGUGUAUUCGGUGGCCUCGCGGGCCACCUCACCAGUGACGAUGAUGGGGCCUCGCUCCCCAGCGGCCCCGAGGAGGCCCGGUGCCUCCUACCAGCCGCCGGCCCGGGCGGUGCGCUCGGUGCGCUGCGCCGUGAAUUCACGGCCCAGCACUGUGAUGCCAGCCCCGCCUUUGCCAGUUGAGGAGAUGAAUCUCUGGCUCACCGCUGCGCAGAACUUCGAGAUGAACACAGACUUCGAUGUGGGAUCUUUAUUGGCGGACGGACGGAGGCGACCCAUCCAGGAAGUGAUGGAUGUGAUGAAGGCCAACAGCGGCGGCAAGGGCACCAUCCAGGCUCUGGGCGAUAAGAUCGUCCUGGCGAAGCUGCUGGAGAAUCUGAGCAUCCCUCAGAUGCCCGUGCUCUUUUCCACCUACAGCCAGGUGACUGAAGAGGAGGUGGAGAACCUGGUGUCCUCCUGGACGGAGGAGGAGUCCUACGACGUCGUCAUCAAGCCGACGCACUUGAGCAGCGCGACCGGGGCCAUUUUCAUGUGCAAGACCAAGUGGGAGAAGGAAAGCUGGGAUGCCCAGAAGCUCACGGAACACAUGCGAACCUACCUGCAGAAGAAAGCCUCUGACUCCGAGAGUGAGGCCUUGAAGUCCCUGGUGCCUGGCUUUGUGGUGCAACCGCGGUAUCGCUCUGCGGUGAACUUCAACUUUCCCUUGGAGCUGCGUGUGGUGACUGUUUGGGGCAAGGCACGAGUUGGCAUUUGGUGGUGGGGCAGGCCCGCCGAACCCAAGGGCCGACGGAGCACGUGGCUGGUGCGCAAGCCCCGUGGUGAAUUUUCGGAGGAGGAUGACUGGGAGGUGAUCCACGAGCACCAUGGCGGGAACCGUGGCUUUGAGGUGUCGCUGCAGCUCUUCCGAGAGGCGAUGCCGGUGAUGUGCGCAGCUGCGGAGGCCAUUGCCACGGCGGUGGGCGCGCCCUUCUUGCGCUCCGACUUCUUCGUGGGCAAUUCCAAGUGGGGCGUGCGGCUGAAUGAGGUGGCAUAUGGCAGUGGACUGGACUAUCGGCGCAGAGGGGUCGCCACCAAGCAGACGAAAGGUGGUAGCUGGGUCGGAGGGCUGGUAGAUGAUGGCCCGGCCAUUGCAGAGAUACUGCAGGAGGGGUUCAAGAUUUGUCAGCGGAAGCCGCCGGCCCACUUCCUCCGCACGUUGGGCGCGCGGAAUGCCAUCUAUGAGGCGCCCGCCAGCUACCGCAAACCGGAGAAGUCCAAGCCGGAGCCGCACAUGCGCAUUGAGGCUGUUCCGCCUGAGCAGCGUCUGCGGCUCUUGCCCGACGACGCGGUGAACGAGAUGGUGCAACGCUACGCGCGGCCAUCGAACAUUCUGGCGCAGACCGGGACUGUCUCCGGGGCCAGCUGCGAGACGCAACCGCCGGGACUGUCUCCGGUCACCCAAGGAGUCGGCACCGGCACGAAGGCCCCCUUUCCGGUGGCCUGGGGCUAUCCGAAGGUGGUUAGCCCAGCCCCUGGCGCUCCUGGCGCUGGAGCGAACAGCAUAAGACCACCGGCACUGGCACCAUACCAGGCUCUUCCCGCGGUUCCGUGGGCCGUGCGGCCACUGAGGGCGAAGGUCUAUCCUGCCCAGGCAUUGCCGCCUUCCGGCUUUGCGCCAAGGCCAAUACCCGCCUUGGUGGCCGUCUAA